AUGGUAGGCCAGCAUAAGCCUUCAACAGUGGAGUGUGUGGAUUUAACUUGCAGUGAUGCAGACACACCUGUGACAAUAGAACCAUCACUCUGGUAUGAGGAUGAGAACCCCUGGAAAUGCCACCUGCAGAGGACCUUGUCUGUGGACCUGCCAAGUCAGUCAUCUUCAGGAGACCCUAAAGACAGAAAGUGCACUGAAAUAAGUAAUUCAAAAAAGGACAGUUCAGCAAAAAGGAUGCCUUUUCUCUCACACACAUUAGGAUGGAUGAAGACCAGUGUGAAGUCUACUCACAAGUCAUGUACUCAAGACCUUUACUUACCUCAGAAGGAACUGUCUGAUGAGAUGCAGACACCUCAGGGAAACCAGAAGCCAAAGAAAGACGAUAAGCCAGAUACUCAGGACAACAGCAGGGAGAGCACACUUCAACCUGGGGGACAUGUAUUACAAAAGCCACACGAUAAUUUGCUGUGGAGUCUCCCUUGGCCAACUUCUCCGCUGUUGAAGAACCUGAGGGGAUCAUUUCCUGUGUGGCCGUCCAGUGUCCAGUAUCCCACUCAGUGGCACUCUGUCACCACCCGGUCCACUCCACCUGUGGACAGACCGAGGAGGUCUGGAUGGAGAGAAGACCUGUCAGAGGAUGUCCUCAAGCACCUGCUGGAGGAGAUCAGAGUCACCAACCCUCUGUUCCCAGUCCAAAGGUUCUUCACUCUGCUGUCAAGAAAACGUGUAGCGCAUGAAAAGACCACGUCUAAUCCGGAAUCAGUUGAAAGCACGCGCAGUCCUGGAGUUUUGUCAGACCAUUGCUUGAGAGGCAAGAGAAAAUGGAGGCUGGAUGGACUAAAUCUAGGUAUAUCACCCAAACGGCGUAGGCCCAACCACAGGCCUGAGGAGAAGGCCGUCGUUGAGCCUGGCUCCCCAGCUGGACCGUCACUGACCAUAUCAGGCCACACUCCCAGGAGGCAGGUCUGUCGGAGCAGGUUGAGUCGGACGAGAAGGCGUAGACAGCAGCAGAAGGCAAGCCCUUCGCUGGCAUCUACUGUAACACUGAAUCCAAAGGAAACUUCAGGAAAACACAUUGAAAAUACAACUCAGCAACUUCAUGAUCAAGAAUGUCUACAGGAAGAUGUCUUGUGGACUGAAAAAUACCAGCCUCAGCACUCGACUGAAGUUGUAGGAAAUUCUGCAGGAGUGAAGAAAUUGCACAACUGGUUAAAGAGAUGGAAGCUGAGAGCAGACAAGGAAGAGCGUGAGAGAAAGGAGGAAAUGCAAAGGAAGAAGAGUAAAGGCGUGUGGGAUAGUGGAGACUUUGAGGGUGAGGUGGUUUUAGCGGACUGUGAACUGGAGCUGGGCAGCGCGCUAAUCAUCUCUGGCCCACACGGCAUUGGCAAGACCGCAGCUGUUUACGCCUGUGCCCAGGAGUUGGGUUUCAAGGUGUUUGAGGUAAACGCGUCGUCUCAGCGCAGCGGGCGCCUGCUCCUCGCCCAGCUAAAGGAGGCCACCCAGUCCCAUCAAGUGGGCACCCCGACCGCCUCCACCCUGAGACCCACCUACUUCUCCUCCCGUGGCACAGCAGCCUGCUCUACGAAACCUGCAACCUCCCCACGGAAGACAAACUCAUCCAGGAAGGUGAUGACUUCAACUCGAAGACUUCCAUCAACUCUGCGGAAAAGUUCCCUCAAGAGAGGCCCUUCCACCUCUGUGAACCUGACACAUUUCUUCCACAAUAGGAAUGAGCCUGAGAACACAAUUCAUCGCUGUCCAAAACAUAUACAGCAUGGUGACUACACUCUGGAGCCAGACAAUGAGAAGAGAGAAGAGGAAGGCCUUCCAACCAUCAUCAUAGAUCAAGAACAUAACCACUCCAUCACUAGAACUGGCAAAUCAGCACUAAUGUCUCUCAUUUUGUUUGAGGAGGUUGACGUCAUCUUCAGUGAUGAUGUGGGGUUUCUCUCAGCAAUUAAGACUUUCAUGUCCACAACCAAAAGGCCUGUAGUCCUGACGACCACUGAUCCUUUGUUUGGUGGAACAUUUGAUUGCUGCUUGGAAGAGCUACACUUUAGGAAGCCCCCAGUGAAGGUUCUCUGCAGCUACCUGCAGUUGGUGUGUUUGGCGGAGAACGUGCGGACGGACCCUUGGGACAUCUCCUCUCUGUGGGCGGUGCAGAGAGGGGACAUCAGGCAGUGUCUGCUCCAGGUGCAGUUCUGGGUGCGGAGCGGAGGGGGGCCUACUGCGCCCCUGUUGCUGAACAAUCCUGUGGUCCCUCGGGGUCGUCCGCGAGCUCAGGAGGAAUCUAUCGAAGGGUCGAAGCGGACCACUGAUCUGCCUGCAUGUGAUACUGGCUGCUCAGGGACUCCCGAAGUACACAAGCUAGUAAGGAUGUUCAAAGUUCAUACCUGGACUACAUCUGAGGAGAAGAGAUGUUCAGAGAUCCUGUCAGAGAGCCAGCAGAGAGGAAUAGAUCUACUUUACUUGAACAUGGAGGCCCUCCUGCCUCUGCCAAGCCCUGCCUCACAUAACCCUGGAGACUUCAUGGAGAAUGUUCCAAACUCUGGCCUACUUGGACACAUUACAGCUAAAGAACUUCCAGAAGCUUCUGUAACUGUAGAUACACCCCGGGGAGGGAGGCUGUCCUCCAAGCCAAGGAAAAGGCGCUGUCUGUCUCUGAAAGGAAUGCAGAGGUCUAGACCUAACUCUCCAGAGAAGACUGUCUCCCCACAUCAGUCUACGAUACGGAGUCACCAUACGGAUCAAUCAGAGGGAAGGACUGAGGGUCACUCAGGGGGGAAGAAAGCCUCUUGUUUGGUGUCUCGCUGCUUGAACAGCCUCACAGGAUUCCUGGACAACUUGUCCUUCCUGGAUUGUUGCCUGCAGGAUCACGGGCAUGUGAUGGAAACACGUUAUUGCGCACCAGGCCUGCUGUCUGUCCGAACUAGAGCAGAGUUGAAGGAUGGCUUGCUGGACGAACUGAAGGAGGAGCAGGAAGAGGAGCAGAUGUGGAGGCACAGGGCCUCUGACUUCAGGGCUGCUGUGGAGGGCAUGAGCUUCAGGGGGUGCUGUCUGGAGAUGGAGCCAGCCAUGGCACAGGCCCAGAUGCUAGGAGAGGAGGUGGGGGCAGCCAUGGAACAGGCCCAGAGGCUAGGAGAGGAGUUGGGGGCAGCCCAGUGCAGGCAGAUGCUGGAGCAGCUCACCUUUCGGUCAUCUCCCCACAGAAAUGGCCUCUCCAGCCAGCCCAGUCAGAGUGAAAAACUCGUUGCUGAAAGGCGAGCUGAUCUUAUAAAGACGGUACUCUCCAGCAAAACAUUCAGCAUGUUGGGAAGCAGCCCAGCCAUUUAUACCGACUAUAUGCCCUGUCUGCGCACCAUCUGCAGGUCAGAGAGUCACCAGGACAAGGACAAGACUAAACACAGAUUCCCACACUAUCUGAAAAGCAUCCACACUGGACUCUCUCAGGGCACCUUGCAGCUGCUCUCCGCUGACUUUCCAUGAGACUGCUCAGGAAACGAUGCACUCGCCAGAGGAAAUAAGAGGAUGUAUAUUAUGUACUGUAUGCAAAGAAAAGAUGUAUUGUAUCGUGGAAAAUAUUUUUGA